CAUUCAAAAGGGAAAUUGGCCUCCAGUUUUGAAGAUCACAACAAUCUUGGUCCUUUUUCUUAAUUAAUGUGAUUACAGCCUGUCUUUGUGAAGGGCUCAUUUCUCCUUGUACAGAAGAUGCAUUGAAGCAUUCAACUAAAGGAUCCCCCAAGAAAUUCCAGAAAGUCUUAUAGAAAUCUAUAGGUAGACCGUCAUUUCCUGCCACCUCUUUUGUCAAUGAUUGGUUUUAAAGGACAGUUGAAGUCUCCUCCAACAAUGAUAUUUUCAAUUUCGUCCAAAUUGUUUUUCACAAUGGUUUGCAAAAGUGACCAAUAAAAGGUAACCAAUUCAUUAUCCCGAUUUGGAGUGUAAACAUUAACUAGACAAGCAGGUUCUCCACUUAGAAGAACUUUAAGCGUAAUAAAUCUACCAUUAGAGUCAACAAUGGAUUUUCAACUGUACAAUCAAAAUUAUUCCUGAUUAGAAUUGCCACCCCUCUCGCAUGUUUAGCCCCACGAGAGCAAAACAAUGUAGCACCCCAUUCUCUUUUCCACGUAACUUCAUUCCCUUGAGUGGAAUGUGUUUCCUGCAGGAAAACAAUAUGCGGUUUUGUUUUCUAAGCCAAGUAAAUAUCAUCUGUCUUUUUUGAAAGUUGCUGAUGCCUCUCGUAUUUAAAGAUAUAAGUUUACCCUUAACAAUUUUUGAUGAAAAAAACAUGGAGAACAAUCAAAAUGAAGGAGAAGAAGGAUCGUCAUGUAUCUAUAAUUAAACAACCAUCCAAGUACAAUCACUGAAAUCUUCCGAUAAUAAGAGCCAUUAAGUGACAACUUUGAGCUAUAUGAAUAAUGUGAUGUCUGCAAAAUUACCAUUAAGAAUAAAGCGUAAAUAAAUAAAUUUACUGCAAAAGAGUUGUUCACAAAAUUUGUGCUUGUGCAGCUUUGAAUGAGCAAAUGGGACCACAAAUUUUGCAUAUUUAAUGUACUGGUAUUGUAAUAUAAAUUGAAUUUAUAUUUCUCCUUUAUAUUAAGCUUCUUGUUCAGAGUUUUCUGUAAGCUCCGUAAUUGCAACCAAAAACGUGAUGUGGGCACUGAGCCAUGACAGCAGCACUGAAAUAUUUGACAGCCGAGGUUAAGUAAAGCUCAGUUUUUCCUCUGAAAAUGAAGUGAAAAACCCAGCAUUCACUGUUCAGUACCUGGGACAAAUUGAAAAGAAAUUAGAGAUGGCACAAAUGAAGGUCAUAAAAUGUUUUCUUUCAAAAAUAUAAUUAAAAUUAGUUAUUAUUUUUAUCUCCAGUGAAUGUACGUGUAAUUUACUUAGUUCUUUAAACACAACAACAUGCAACCCAGAGCUUGGCUUGCACAUGAACGAUUUUCGAGAACAAAUAACUGCAAUGUAUUUGAAAAAAAGAAAUAAAUAAAAGAUUUCUUUCAACAAUAGCAACAAACUUUGCAAGAUCUUACACAUUCUUUAAACUCGGCAGCUGUAAGAUGUUUGUGUAAAUAUUGAAAGUGAGGUAUAAAAUUGGCGAGCUUAUCGAGCAGGAAAGUACGAAUAAAUACAUGCACUAUUUCAAGGCUUUAUUAUAAAGCGAAACAUUUGCAAAAUGUGUCAAGUUUAAGUUUGAUUGUAUUAAUUUUAUCACUUGUGAAAUCAUGAAUGAAAAACCCAAACUAUUGCAAAGGUUCAAAAAGUCAAUGAUAGUCCACUCACUUAAUCAGAAAAAAUUCUGAGCUUAAAUCCGCGGGCAACUUCGCAAAGUAUUACAGGCUUGCGCUUGCAACGGUUACCAAUCACAAGCUUCAUCACGUUCACUGAAUUUCACGCCUAGCACUGUGUUAAAGCCACUCAAAACUUGUCUUUUAACAAAAUAAACGUCAAACCUCAAUCUAGUACCUUCAAUGCCAGCAAACUCUUUUCUCAGUUGGGUUUCUCAUCUGUUUUACAUAUGUGGUUGACCACAAAAUGAGAACGUUUUUGACGUUUUUGAUAUUUUUUUUCAAAUUUGAUAUGGAUGACAAUGAUUAAACUGUUCAACUAGCACAAUACAUUACAUGUAUGCUUCUCUCAGUGAAAUUGCUUUUCUUUAACAAAUGAACUUAAAACCAUGAUUGCUUAAAAUACACUGAAAUGCACUUUUUAGAACCCCAAUUUCAAAAAUUUCCCGGGGAGGCUCCUGGACUCCCCAAUAAAAGGUAGUGGUUGGUCCUCCCUCUUCCACAUGGCUCUGAUAAAACCACCCCACAUCUUUUUAUUGGCAUUGUGCUCCGCCUACUCAAAGUUAUUCUCCCUCUACUUCGAAUUCGCGGGAGAACCCUGCUUGUUUAAGUAUAGAAAUUGUUUGGUUACUAAGUGUUGUGUGAACACUACUGCACCACAAUCUCCUGUCAUUUCUGUUGAUAUUAAUAAUUUCAAUUCAGUAGUUAGAAUCACUGCAGUCUAUUGUGUAAGCCAAUGGGAAUUACAGUAUUGUUGUUUCUCUGUUCUUAUCAGGUUGUUGAUGCUGCAGAUGUUGUUCUGGAAGUGUUAGAUGCUCGUGAUCCUCUUGGCUGUAGAUGUCCACAGGUUGAAGAGUCAGUGCUAUCAUCAGGAGUCAACAAAAAAUUAGUUCUGAUUUUGAAUAAAAUAGACCUUGUUCCAAGGGAAAUUGUGGAUCAGUGGUUAAAAUAUCUUCGCAAUGAAUUUCCAACAAUAGCUUUUAAGGCAUCUACACAGAGUCAGAAACAGAAUUUGCAUCAAAGUAAAGUUUCUUCAUCAUUAGCCUCAGCAGACCUGCUAACAAGUAGUGCUUGUAUAGGAGCGGACACGCUUCUCAAGCUCCUGGGCAAUUAUUGUCGUAACAAGGAUAUCAAGACAGCUAUUACUGUUGGAAUAGUUGGUUUUCCCAAUGUUGGCAAAAGCAGCAUCAUAAACAGUUUAAAAAGGUGCAAGGCCUGUACAGUGGGGGCUACUCCAGGAGUUACAAAGAGCAUGCAGGAAGUACAUCUGGAUAAACAUGUUAAACUUCUAGAUAGUCCUGGUAUAGUGAUGGACAGUGGAAACUCUGAUUCAGCUGUUAUAUUACGCAACUGUGUCAAGAUAGAGAGCAUUGAUGAUCCAGUCCCAUCAGUUGAAGCUAUCCUAAGAAGGUGUAACAAACAACAGGUAAUGGAAAAAUACCUUGUUCCUGAUUAUGCUAAUGUACAAGAGUUUCUAGCACAUCUUGGUAAAAGACUUGGGAAAUUAAAGAAAGGUGGUUUACCUGACGUUAAUGCUGCUGGAAAGAUGGUGUUGAAAGACUGGAAUAGUGGAAAGAUUGUAUUCUACACACAUCCACCAGAAGAACACAAGCUACCCACCCAUCUGUCAGCUGAUAUUGUUAGUAAGUGGAGCAAGGAAUUUGAUCUGGGCUCUCUUCAACAGCAUGAACGCGCUGAACUGCAUGGUCUGCAGAAUAAAAUGGAGGAUGCCAUGGUGCUUGAGGCUGGUGGUCCUGUGGAUGCCGCAAAGGAGAUUGAGGAAGAAGAUAUGGAGUCUGAUGACGAAGAAGAAGAACACUUGGAAGAAGAAGAUGAUGAUGAUGAUGAUCAAAGUGAUGAAGGAGAAGCCAUGGAAGAUAGUGAUGACGAGCAGGCGGAGAAAGAUGGCAUGACAGUUCUUAUCAAGAAAUCAAAAUCCAUCGCGCACUCUAAAGACGUCACAAAAUCUCGUGAGAAGACCAUAGUUGGAUUAAACGCGGAUGAAAUGAACGAGUUUAAUAUGCAGACCAACAAAGAAAGGAAAAAGAUGUUUAAGAAGCAACAAAGAGACAAGCGGAAACGAGCAGCGGCGAGUCAUACAGAAACCAUGGAUGAAAGUGACGAUGAUUACAGCUUUGAUACUGACUUCAGUUGAUAAGGACAUCGGAGGCCUGGACAUAGUGCAUGACAAUUAUUCACCUGGACCAAUACAGGAUUGAAGCCGAGAAGCUCAAGAUGAUUGAGAAAAUCUUGCAAAUGUCGCCAAAAUGUUACCUAGAAGUGGUAAUUUUUAAGAGGUUCAUUUUAAUCGAGAGACUUUUUAUUCUGUAUUUAAAUACCUGUGAAAAACAAAAAUUUGUUCUAGAUGAAAUAUGAAUUCGCGAUUCAUCAUA